AUGAAAAAUUAGGAAUUUUAAUAAUAAUCAAUUGAAGAUUAAAUUACUUUAUUUAUUUUAGGAGAUAACUAAGUAGGUAAAACAAGUCUAAUUAUUCGAUACACUCAAGAUAUUUUCGAUGAAGUUUAUAAUCACAAAAAAACACUUAAUUGCAAUAGUUUAUUAAAAAAUGAUGUAUCAAAGAGCAUAUUUAUUGAAAAUUAAUGUGUUCAUUUAUAAAUUGUAUGUAUCUUUAAUUAAUUUAAGCAUGAUAUAUCAGGUCCAGAGAAAUAUAUUUUUAUCGAUAGAGUUUAUAGGUAUUUAUAAUUGAUAAAAUUAGAAAAGCAUAAGGAAUAUUUAUAGUUUAUGAUGUAACAAAUAGAUAUUCGUUUAAUAGUAUUUAAUAAUGGAUAAGUUAAAUUGAUAAGUAAAACUAUUAAAAUAUUUAUAGUAUUGCUAAUGAAGGUGUUAUAAGAAUACUUAUAGGAAAUAAAUGUGAUUAAAAAGAUAAUCGAGCUGUGACAUUUGAGGAAGGCAAUUUGUUAGGUAUAUAGUAAUCUAAUCAAAUUAGCUUAAUAAUACGGUAUACCAUUUUUUGAAACAUCUGUCAAAUUAUCAAUUAAUAUAGAAAACUCCCUUAUAUUUUUAAUAAAGUUGAUUAUGUAAAAACAAGAAUAAUAAUAAUAAUAAUAAUUAAUUAUAAAGAAUGAAAAGAAGAACUAAAAGUUAAAAUUGAAAUAAAAUAAUUAAAGUAAAAAUAUUCAAAGUUGCAUUUGA